UCUUCCCUUGUCUCCAUCCCUCAUUUUCUCUCACACGCAGAGAUCGAUACAUACACACACAUACAUACAUAUACGUAAUGUGUAUAUAUUUGUAUAUACCUAUACCUAUUCGUUUUUCCUAUAAAAAGUGGUAAACUCACCAACCGAGAAUCCGACACUUUCCGAGUUUAGAAGGAAGAAGAGCUCCGACACCGCCGCCGCUGCCGCUUCUCGCCGGAGAAUAUUCUCUUCUAGGUGCCUUCAGAGAGAUAAUGUUUUCCACCGCUCAUUGAGAGAUUCAAUCUCAUUGGUCGGAGCUGUGAGAGUACUUAUUCGAGAAAAUUCGCGGAAUUCUUACAUUUGUUCGGUCAAUCUGAGAAAGGUUUCUCAAGUUGUCUCCGAAGAUUCAUUCUUAAUUAAGUUAUGACGAAAUAGAGACAGAGGGAGAGAGAGAAGUUUACAAAAGGUAGGGUGGCUACUGGGCUAGGUCAAGAAAAGAAUAUAUAUAUAUAUAUAUAUAUAUAUAGAAAGAAGGAAAAGACAAAGAGUGUAGAAGAGACGCAGGUGGUAAGAAAAAGAUGCUGACAUGUAUUACGUGCUCGAAGCAAAGAAUGGAGGACGGAGAGGAAGCCCCGCGUGGCACUCCCAAUACUAAAGACGCCGUCAAAAGUCUCACUACACAGAUCAAGGACAUGGCACUGAAGGUCUCAGGAGGAUCCAAGUGCAAACCUGGUCCGACAGAUGGUAGUUUUAAAAUAAGCCAAAGAUGUUAUCCCGAGUUUGAGACGACCUCAGAGGGGGUGCCAUACCCCUAUGUCCAACCAGGAAGCUCAAGCUCAACUCCAGCCGUGGAUUAUACGAGCACCGGUCGUCGUCCUCCUCGGCCGGACUCAAGGUUUCCUAUGUUUGGUGGCGACCGGACCCCCGGUGGACGAGAAUCAAUCUCAUCUCAAUUCGACGACAUCAUGCUAGAAAGCGAAGAUGAACCAAAAGAGUGGACAGCACAAGUUGAGCCUGGCGUUCAAAUUACGUUUGUGUCGCUCCCUCGUGGUGGAAAUGAUCUUAAACGCAUCCGUUUCAGCCGGGAGAUGUUUGAUAAGUGGGAAGCUCAGAGAUGGUGGGGUGAGAAUUUCGAUAGAAUAAUGGAGCUGUACAAUGUCCAGAAAUUCAGUCAGCAAGUUAUGGAUACUCCAGGGAGAUCCGAGGAUGGACGAGACUCGAUCUAUUCAAGGCUAGGAUCGGUCAGGGAAAGCCCUCGGAUGACUCCAAGGUACAGACCUUCCGGAUACUUCCCACCGGAAAGCAGCAACCAUUAUUACAAUGCCGGGUCAAGUACCUACACAUCUGGUGGUCCAAAGCGUGAAAUGUCAUACAUGGAACCAUCAAGGACAACAACCUCGUCCCGGGACGAGGCUUCAGUUUCCAUCAGCAAUGCAAGCGACAUUGAGUCAGAGUGGAUCGAAGAAGACGAACCUGGCGUUUACAUUACCAUCAGACAACUUGUUGAUGGAACUAGGGAGCUUCGACGUGUCAGGUUCAGCCGAGAGAGAUUUGGGGAGGUGAACGCGAAGCAGUGGUGGGAAACUAACAGGGAUAGAAUACAAGCCCAGUAUCUUUGCUAGUAAAUCAGAGGCAGUUGAUGCUGCAGAUUCCUCUGGAUAACUUCAUUCGGACAGUAUUAUCUAACUACAGAAAUUUCAGCAUACAAGUGUUCCAAGUUGAAGGGGCAGAAUUCCAGGCAGGGCUUUCGUCUUCACAUGCUUUCUUACUAGGAAUUUUUUCAGUCUAUACCAUGUUCAUGUUUUGGAAAUUAUAUUUAUUAUUUUAGGCCUGUUUGUUUCUUUGUUAGUAAAAACAAUUCUU